GCUCUCGUAGUGAGCUAGCGCGAGGCUGUGUGGUCUUCUAUAGAGAGGAAGCGCGAGGCCGUUAGUGAGACUGACUGUGGAGAACAGACGACAGGACAAACAUUUAAGAAGGUGUGGUGAUAUUUGAGUGACUUCAUAAUAAUGGCAAAGGGUGACCCAGGGAAGCCCAAGGGCAAGAUGUCCGCCUAUGCAUAUUUUGUGAAGACGUGUCGUGAAGAGCACAACAAGAAGAACCCUGGUGUCUCAGUUAACUUCUCAGAAUUUUCCAAGAAGUGCUCUGAGAGAUGGAAAACUAUGUCACCGAAAGAAAAGACUAAAUUUGAUGACCUGGCCAAAACGGACAAGGCCCGAUAUGACCAGGAAAUGAUGCACUACAAUCCAGGAAAGAAAGGCCAGAAGCAGAAGAAGGAUCCUAAUGCUCCAAGGCGGCCAGCGUCUGGAUUUUUCCUGUUCUGUUCAGAGCAGAGGCCUGCGAUCAAGGCUCAGAGCCCCAACCUGGGCAUUGGAGAUGUAGCCAAGAAACUUGGAGAGAUGUGGAACAAUCUGUCUGACUCUGAGAAGCAGCCUUUCCUAUCCAAGGCCAACAAACUGAAGGACAAGUAUCAGAAGGAUAUGGCGGACUACAAAAGAAAGGGAGAUAAAAGCGGAGGGGCGUCAUCUGCCAAAUCCAAACCCAAGGUUGAAGAUGAUGACGACGAAGAUGAAGACGACGAGGAGGAAGAAGAGGAUGAUGAUGAUGAUGACGACGAUGACUAAAGAACUUGUUUUCCCCCUAAUUGAGCAGUAAGUUAUUUGAUCGCUGCCAAUUAGUUUAAGUCUAAGAGGUCUUGAUGUCAAGGCUGCUAUACACUGAUCACCAGUAGACAAGCCCAAUGCAUGCAAGCUCUGACUUCAGACAACCAAAUUCUCAAUGCCGGGUUUGCUGGUGGUCCUGUUACAGCUUGCUAUUAAACUGCAUUGGCAAAAGCAAAAUAUUUCCACACCGUUCGACAAUAAACAAAGUGGUAGCAGUACAUACUCUUUUUAAAACUAUUUAAAGUGGUGUGUUUCUGUAUGGCUGUUGACUUAAAAGUUUUUUGUUUUGUUUUUUUAUUCUCCCAGCUUUCAAAAUGCACAAUUUGUGGAUAGAUUUAAGGUUUCAUUUUUUCCGUUCGGCCACAUCAGCUUCCUGCAUUGUUGAAAGGAUGUUUGUGGUGUGCGUUUAUAUUAUUUGUGUAAUUUUGAAUGAUUACAUUGAUAAUUUUAUGUGUGGAGAGUCUGGGGACAUUUUCAGCUUUAACCGGAGGCAAAUGAUCAAAUGCUGGGGAAAGCUCUUAUUUGCACCUUCAAUUGUUACCUUUUUUUUCUUUCUUUUUUUAUGUAUAGGUGACACUGUGAUUUGAAAUAAACAUGGCAUUUUUAGAUCUCAAAUGAUUCAUUUCACUUUCUUGUCUGCAAAAUGUUCAAUGUAGUAUGUAAAUACUUGGGGUAUUUUGUCAAUGUUAUCAAUAAAGUGAUAAAUGGUAGUUUC